UAUUAGUGAUGGUUGGAAAUGAGUCAGUGGGAUGUCAGCAGCUGAGGACAGUGCAGCAUUAUCUCACAAGUCAUCCUCCCAUUGGAUUUACUAUUGUUUUGAAGACUUUGUUUAUGGUUUUGCAUAGGCUAAGUGGAUAAACUUAAUGUUUUCUUUUUUUAACUGCAUAGUAACACUUGGUGCUUUAUAACUGAUCCCUUUCAAACUGUGUGGUUUGGAUGCAAUCCAUUAAGUUAGUGUUGCUGGUGGGAGUUUGGGGGAAGGGGGAUUUUUGUAUUGGAUCCAAUUUCACGUCAGCGAUGUAAGCAACAUCCUCUAUUUGAAUAUUGCAAAGACUCCUACAAAAUAUCCAGUAAUUUUCAAGGACAAAUACUAUGCUUUUCCUUCCUGCUGAAUACCCAACUGAUGAUUAACGCAGAUGUGAUGAGUUCUUCACGCAGUUCUGUUGAAAAAUGCCCUUUGAUUCAAGCCUUAUGUACGUGGGAACUGCUGAUUUGCUUAAUUUUCAAGUGGAAAAAAAUAGAAAGUUAGUUAAAAUAAAAGAGCAGGCUGGGUGGGCCCCGUGGUCCUUAUCAACUGUCACAUUCUGCCGUUCUGUAUUUAGCAGUUUCCAUAAACUAGUCUUCUCUGAGUAAAGUGAAUUCAGUCAGAGAUUUUAAGAUUUUGUGAAACAGCUUCUGCACUUGGAUAGGAUGAAAGAGCACAUGUGCAGUGGAUUCUUUUGUUAAUGUAUUUGUUUGGUGAUGGACACAAUCAGUACAUCAUUUUAUUGAAAGAGAAACUUGGCGGUCAGAAAAGGUUUCUAGUGGAUAACUGGCAUCUACCAUACAUGGCAUUAUGGAGAUGUUUAACCAGCCCAGUUAAGAUACAGAUCACAUAAAAAAUCAAAGAGGAAGAAAUAAAUCACAAAAGUAGCAUUCUGCAGAUGAACUCUACAGCUGAAAUUCAAAAAAUGGAAUUCACACAUGAUACAGUGUCUGCAGAUUCUACCUCUUUGAGUCUCCAUGGCAACCCUUCAGUCCUGCGCAAUUACCUGUGACCCUAGCAAGCAGCUUCACAGUGUUGAACCUACUACUUCUGGGCCUUGGGACACACAGUGUAAAAUGGGAAGUGUCAGCAGUCUAAUUGAGAAACAAGAGAGCCCUCCAGGUAGACUCAAAGGUAAAUCGAUGGCUUCUCCAAGAAUUCGACAACCUGAUGGGUUGUUCACAAAAGGCAUUACUCAAAGGGAUCUGCUGAACUACUUAAAUAGUGCCAAAAAACAACAAAAGACAGGUAGUAAGAUCAUAAAUGGGAAUGCCUUUGCCAAAAGAGAACACGGAAGUGAUGAUGGAGAAAAUGUCUACAGCAAAGUGUACUACAGGGAAAACAAGGAGAUUGGUGCGGGUAACACCACUUGUCCAGAAGGGCCAAGAUGUGAGAAGGCUCGACCCAAACCUUCUGCCUUUCAACGAGUUGCUCCAAAAAAUUUCAGUUCUUUGCAGAGCCUGGCAUCCAGAGAUGAAGAAGUCAUGGACAGUAUCAGCAGCCUGAACAUGUUAUGUAACAGGAACAGUGCCAUGUGCCAAGGCUCUCCAAUGAGAAGGGACAGCCCUCAAACCCACCAAAUUCACAUUGUUACAAGUCAUGAGGAUAAGAUGUCAGAGUCCUGCCAUAACUCUAUGAACAGCCUACCACUACCAACAAGCAGGCCAGGUUUCAAACCACCUCUUGGACCUAUUAGUGCCUCCAUGUCUCACAUUAACCACAUUGGAGGUUCACUAGAUCGGGGCUUCCUGGGCUCCAGGGACAAUUCAAAUUCAGACAGUGGGCGCUUCUCCUGCAAGAGUAUGGCCACCCUAAGCCGCCUGCUCUGUUAUGAGGAAAAUAUUGCUCCUUAUGAACUUUCUCAGUCGGUGGAGGAUGUCGUACGAGGCUUUGAGAAACGACUGCAUGAGAAAGAGCUUGAAGUGAAGUCCUUGCGGAAAAACCUGAAUGAGAGUGACAGUGCCAUUGCACAGGUAACUGGGUCCUGUCUGUGCGUUCGUGCUCCUUUGACUCAGCAGGUAUUGGAUGAAAAAUGGGGGAAAGAACUUGAUGAGUUGAAGCGACUGUAUGCUGAAAAACUCCGUCAAAUAUCACAGCAUGCCCAGCGUUCUCAGCGUACCUUGCAGCUGCAGCUAUACAAGGUGCAGCAAGAGAAGCGAAGGCUGCAGAAGGAAUUGGAUGAUUUACACCUGGAAUGUGAGGAAUUUAAGACAAGGAACUCUGAUUUUGAACAGGGACAAGGCAGUGUUCCACCAAAAGUCAAAGAAUCUAAAUGGGAGGUUUGUAGGAAGGCAGGAGAGGUCUCAUUGCUUAAGAAGCAGCUAAAGGACUCACAGAUUGAAGUAGCAAAGAAACUAAGUGAACUUUUCAGUCUCAAAUCAGAACUCCGGGAAGCUCAGGCUGAACUGCAGGUCAAAGAUGAGCAUAUCAAAGUGCUGAAAUACUCUAUGCAGCUCUCUCCUUGUGGAAAGGACAGUCAGGUGAGAGAUGAAAAAUGCAAAGAUGGUUCAGACACAAAGGACUACUUGAACUGUGAAACUGAUGAUGUCAAAUGUAGGGGUCUGCAGCAGGAGGGGGGUACAUCAACACUAGUUCUUCAGUUUGAGAGGUUAAAAGCAGAACUGCUGCUGGAAAGGCGGCAAAGUGAAGCACAAGCAGCAAGGUUUGAGGCAGAACGUAACACCUGGCAAGGUGAGAAGGAAAAGGUAAUCCGGUACCAGAAGGAACUGCAAGCCAAUUAUUUGGAGAUGUACCACAGAAAUCAGUCACUGGAAACACAGCUAGAAGAACUACAGAGGCUUGUGGCAGAUUCCAAGCAACAGGUUUUACCUUGGAUUGAAAGAAUUGAAUCGUCUGAUAUUUGACAGCUGCUGUUGAUUUGGAAGGUGUCAGAUGCAAUGUUGCUGCUUCAAGCCGUACUGCAAAAAGUAAAGUUACCACUCCAUUAAUUAAUUUGCAGCCAGAUGGACUGACGUAGUUCCUGAGCAGCUUCCUUCCAUGAUGACUUUAAAGAUGGGAGACUUUAUUUAUUAUGCCUAAGGAAGGCAGCGGUGUAGCAUAACAGCUGAGACUGAGCUACAGAUCUAGACUUUGACUCCUGACAGACCCUAUGUGUAUACUGUCAAGUCAGUCCAACAUAUGGUCACCCCUGUAAAAGGGGAUUUCUGGUGUUAUUUGUCAAAAACCUGUCUAUAAAAUUAAAAGGUGCAUCUACAAAAUGUGUCUGAAGUGCUACUCAGUGAAACCAGACUGGUCAGGUUUUUUUUUUUUUUUUUUUUUUUUUUUUUUUGCUAGUGUUUGAUAGGAAGGGUAAAUAUUCUUAUUACAGGCAAAAAUGAGGCAAAGCCCACCUCGAACUGGACUGGUUAUAGAAAAAUGCAGUCAGCACUCCAUGACUUUUUUUUUUAAAUUGCAGAGCUGCUUGGCUUCUUUUUUAUUACUGUUUAAGUCACUGAUGCACGUGAAAUGUCCUAUAUGUCCUUGGCGGCACAGGAGUUGUUUUUUACUUUCAUGACUUUCUUUUGAUGAUAUGCAUAUGUUAAGAAAUAUACAAGUUCUCUUAAGACAUUGUACUGUUCAUUUUAUCAGCCAACUAGUAUUAUUACAUACUAGCCUACUCCAUGCUAUGAUGUUUGUGAAAACAUUCCUAAACUUCAUUAACUCAUGGGCUCCUGGAAAUCAUGGAGUGGAAUUAAGGACAGACAGCCACUGGCAAAUCUCAGCAUUCUGCAUUGCACAGUCAGGAUGAUCUACUUUUGAAAUUCUGUAUUUAUUUUAGCUUUGUUUUAAAAGUUGACAGUAGUAGUAGUAGUAUGCAUGCUCUAACAAGAGGCUGGUAAAAGUGAAGUUUAGAUUUUGAAGUGUUGACUACAGCACCUUGUAAAGGGUAUUAUCCAUCUCUGUGGCACAUUCUGUGGCUCCAGCUAUGGCUGUUGCUUGCUGCUGUGUCAGAGCUGGGAUUACUGUUGUGCUCUCUUGCACUUUAAUGUUUUGCUCUUUUAUUUCAUAAAGGUUUGUAGGAUGUGGCUGCAAGAUGUCCAGUUGACAAACUUGUGCUCAGUUUUUACAAGAUGACAUUUUAGCUUUUGUGCUGUUUUUAAAGCUGUCUGCACAGCUCUGAGCAUGGUUCCAGGAAGUCAAGAUCCAGUAUGAAUAGUAGGGCACCUACACAUGUUUAAGUUAACGUCAGUGAAAUAAAUCUAGCAUUAUUAUUCCCCGUCAUUCUUCAGGAUGUAUAAACAUUCCUGUGUAGUGCUAGGAUUUAUUGAUUGGACACUAAAUGUCACUGGCAAAGUUGAGUACCCACAUAUUUUUACAUCAGACUGUAGCAGAAGGAUUUAGACUAGCCAUCACCACAUAUUUUGAGAUGCCAGUGCAUUCUUUAAGUUCUCCCAGGCCCCGUGGACCUGCUGCCAGUCAGUAUUUUGGCAUUGAUUUCAGUUAGCACUGGCAGUCUUGAGUAGUAAUGACUGCUGGCUACUGUUUGGAGUUUUGGGCUGCUUAAACAUGCCAAGGGUAAUAAAAUUAUAUGGACUUGUGGCAGCUUGUAGCAUGAGCUGACUGCUUGAACAUUAUUUAGUACUGCAACACGACUCUGUGCUGGCUAGCACUGUGAGCUUUCGAGAGCAUCCUUGUACACUUAAAGCACUGUGUCAUAGGAGUUUAGUUCCAUUUGACAUUUGGAAGUUUAGCCCACUGAGGCACCCUACAUGUAUCAGAAUUACAUAUGGCACUGCAGUGGCUGAUAUUUUUGAGUUUUAAAAUGCUUACUUUUCCUGAAUCAUGACACUGGCUGUAUUCCAGCUUGCAGUAGGAGUUUUGAAUUCUCACACGUUUUUGUAGGCAUUUCUGUGACUGUACUGUCUACUGAGUUUUGGGCACUCGCAGAUUCUGUGUUACUACUGUGACACAUGGGUCAAUGCUGAUUAAGCUUGUGAGCUUUAAGGUCUUGAUUUUGUACAGUGGUGCAGAGCUGUUUGAAGGCAGGUACUGGCAUUUUUAGGUUUCUUAUACAUUCUUCAUAAAGCAGCAUGGUGUGGAGCCUUGUACCAUCUCUUAGCUUUACACUGCCCACAUGGAAUACAGAUAGUGCUAAGCCACUGAGGCAUUUUGGUGACCAUUACUUAAUUUUUACCUGCAAUUAAUACCCUACACAUGCUAAGGUGUAGGGGCUCUGUAUAUUAGCAAGGUUGGAAAUUUUGGGAAGCAGCCAGUGUGGGUAAUCCAAGUAAAAGUAUGUGUAACACUUUGCACUGCUAAUGGAGUUCACACUAUGUAUAUUAUGUAUACCAAUACAACAUUAUGUAAUGUUUUACAAAUAUGUGAUAUGUACAAUAACUGAUAUGCAAAUAUGUAUGUAGAAUAAGUAAAAUUCUGAUAUGCAUAUAUA